ACUGGGUGCUGCACGGUCAAGUCUUUGAGAAGUAUUUUCAGGUGACGGCUACUAGACGCGGCUUCUCUGUUUUGUGGGUGGCUACUGAUUCUGAUUUCUAGCUGGCCUUGUUUGGUAACCGCAAGAAGUUACAGCAAAAUGGCAACUAUAGUUUUUGUCGAUCAAGAGAAUGGUGAUAUUCGCAGCAUGUUGCCUAAAGAUCAUGGAACAUUCUUGAGCUAUAAUGUUUCAACAGCAAAACCUCAAUCCAGAAAGGGUGUGGUGUCUUUCCCAGGUAAAGUAUUUGGUGAUUCUGAAAUCGUGUCCAAGCCUUCCAGAAAAGCCCUGGGAAAUGUAAAUAAGCAGAUCUUGCAAAACAAAGCAGUGAUGGCGCAGAAAAUCAACUUUAAACAGAACACUGGAUCCAUUGGCAAAAAGGUGACUUCUUCAAACCUGCAACCUGUGAAAGACUUGUAUCCUGAAAUUGAGCACUACUUUCCUUAUAAUCCUUUAGACUUUGAGAGUUUUGAUAUUCCAGAAGACCAUAAACUCAGUCACUUUUGCUUAGCAGGUGUGUCACUCCUGGUUCAGGAUAAUGAAGUUGUAAGGUUUGAUGCCUUAACAAAUAUUCAGCUGUGUCCAUUAGAGAUGCCAUUAUUUAACACGGAUUCAGAUUGCCUGCCGUCUCUUAUCUCUCCAUUAUAUGAAGUUACAGUGGACUUGCCUCCUUUUGAAGACUAUUGAUUUGUUUGACUUCAAUUUGUGUCAAUCUGUUUCAAUUUGUCUUAAGUCUCUAAUAAAAGUUUUUUUUAAUAACUGC